AUGGAACGCUUCGGCAAAGUAACGCUUUCAAUCCAUAAUUUGGAACCAGCCGUGGCCAUGCAUCAGUUCACAACGACUCUCAGACCAGGUCCUUUUGUUAAUAGCAUAUGUAAUAAACCACCCAUGGACUUGGAUGAAUUAAGGAGUCAGGCAGCCAAGUAUAUGCAAAUGAAAGAGCUAACUGAAUAUCGGAACCAAGUCUGUAUAGAAAGAAGGUCUAAUCGGAGAGAGGCGAACAAAAGAGAAACCCUCAAGCCUCAACAGGAAAACAAAGUCAGGAGAAACGAGGUCGAGAGGCCAUUUAGAGGCUCCAAGUAUCCUUCAUAUACUAUUCUCAACACCAACCGAUCUAGGGUACUUGACCAAGCUCUCGCAACUGAAAUAUUGAGCAUGCCAAGGGGCCAUACCACAGAAGAAUGCACGGCUCUCAAGGAUAAAAUUGAAGAUCUGAUCAAGGAAGGGCACCUUCGAGGGUUUGUACAAACAAGUCCCACGGGUUAUGCUGAAAGAAGUAGAGAUCGCUAUCCCUCACCCUUGCGAAGAUGUGAGGAUAAACAGACCCAACGACAAUGGAGCCAGUUAAGAGAACCUCCUGCGAGGCGAUAUGUGGAACAGGAGAAGUACCCAAAACAGGUUAUUAACACCAUAGCCGGUGGAUUUGCAGGUGGAGGACCCACAAACUCGGCCAGAAAAAGACAUCUGAGACAAAUUCACUCAAUCAACAACAUAUCGCUAGGUAGUAGAAUUCAGAUUCCCCCCAUCACAUUCAAUGACAACGAAUUUCAGGGGAUAGAUCCAGUGCAAGAUGACCCCAUGGUUAUAAGUUUCGACGAUAUCCUCAACUGCACUGUCAGAAAAAUGCUAAUCGAUCAGGGAAGCUCGGCCGAUAUCCUUUACUGGAACACAUUCAGACAAAUAGGGAUACCAAAAGAUGAACUCAGAGAGUAUCACGAACCGCUGGUUGGUUUUUCUGGGGAACGGGUAGAAACCCGUGGUUGCAUAGACCUGUACACAUCGUUCGGGUCAAAAAAUAAGGGAAAACGCAUCAAGGUCACUUACUUAGUAGUCCAUGCGAAUACUUUGUACAACAUACUACUCGGUCGGCCAUCACUUAAUAAAUUGAAAGCCAUAGUGUCUACUUCUCACUUGGCUAUGAGGUUUCCAUCAGAGAGGGGCCGAAUCGUUACACCUGAAGAGGACUUGGAGAUUGAUCUGGAUCCAAGGGUUGACGAGGGGUGUCGGAUUGAGCCUAAUGAAAAUAAGCAGCCUUUCCAGCUUGGACCAAAGCCUGAACAAGUUACUUAUCUAGGGUUCGACCUAUCUGUACAAGAGAGGCAAGAUUUUCAGAAAAUAUUGCAGCGUAACGCUGACUUGUUUGCCUGGUCGGCUUCUGACAUGCCGGGCAUCGACCCUGUAUUUCUUUGUCACCACCUAUCGGUUUAUAAGGAGGCCAGACCGAUAGCACAGAAGAAGAGGAAGAUCGGUGGCGGCAGAGCGAAAGCAAUGAAGGAGGAAACUGGUAAGCUGCUACGGGUCAACUUUAUCCGAGAGGUUAGAUAUUCCACUUGGUUGGCCAAUGUGAUCAUGGUUAAAAAAGCAAAUGGUAAAUGGCGAAUGUGCACAGACUUCACGGACCACAACAAGAUGUAUCCCCCAGAUGAAGAGAAGAUGACAUUCAUCAUGGACUCGGCAAAUUUUUGUUAUCGAGUAAUGCCAUUCAGCCUGAAGAAUGCAAGGGCAACGUAUCAGAGGCUGAUGAAUAGAAUUUUUGAAAGACAAGUGGAAAAAUGCAUGGAAGUAUAUGUAGAUGACAUGGCCAGGAAACAUAGGAUACGGUUCAACCUUGAAAAGUAUACAUUCGGGGUAGCCAGUGGCAAGUUCCUGGGGUUUAUGUUAUCCGAAAGGGGAAUCCAGGCGAACCUGGAUAAGUGCCAAGCCGUCAUCGAAAUGAUCAGUCCUCAGAAUGUCAAGGAGGUCCAAAGACUUGCUAGUCAUAUUGCUGCCCUAGCCAGAUUUUUGCCCAUAAUGGCAGACAGGUCUCGACCUUUCAUUAACCUACUUAGAAAAUCCCAAAAAUUUACUUGGACGGACGAAUGUGAAGCAGCCUUCAUCCAAUAUAAAAAAAUUCUAGCGACACCACAUGUGUUGACAAAACGUAAGCCCGAAAAGGAUAUGAUUAUUUAUUUGGCUGUGUCAGAUAAUGCCAUUAGUUCGGUCUUACUGCAAGAAACACCUGAGCCGGCCCCUAUAUACUUCAUCAGCCGAACACUCCAAGGCCCCAAAUCACGCUAUCAGUUAAUGGAAAAAGUGGUAUUGGCUCUAGUCCACACAGCUCGUCAGUUAAGACAUUACUUCUAA